UGGCCACCACGAGCUGACAUGAACAUCUUUACUAAGGUCCCCGGACUAGCCAAACAAGCCAGCAAGCUGGGGUCUGUGCUCCAACGUGCCUUCUACGGGUCCAGUGGGAGGGUGACCCUUUUCGAGCAGAGGAACUUUGCAGGUCGGCGACUGGACCUGACCUCUGACUGUCAGAAAUUGAGCGAAAAAAACUUUCCCGACAGAUGCAACUCUGUCCAGGUGGAGAGUGGAGCAUGGGUGGCAUAUGAACAUGAGAACUUCCGUGGACGUCAGUACCUGUGGGACAUGUUUGACAGGGGGGAGUACAACUGCACUGAUAAGUGGUGUGCUCAGGGUGACCACAUCUCCUCUGUUCGUGCUGUGAAACAAGACAACAACCCUCCCCGUGCACAGCUGUUUGAGAGGGCAGCUUUUUCGGGCAAGAAGACAGAGCUCCAUGAUGACAUCCCCAACCUAAUGAGUCGUUACAGCCUUAACAGAGUGUCCUCCGUAAGAGUAAUGGGCGGAACCUGGGUGGCGUACCAGGAGCCUAACUACAGGGGAGCACAUUACAUCCUGGAGAAGAAGGACUACAACAACUUCUCUGACUGGGGUGCUCAAAACAGCACCAUUGGCUCAAUCCGCCGUGUCCGCUUCAGCUAAACAAACCCUCCUGAAAAACACCCACAUCUGUCAGCUCUUCAUACAAACAAUAUGCCAGCCCCACAAAAGGCCUAUUUUAGUAAUAAACUGAUGCAAAAGACCA